AUGUCUUUUCAAAAUAGUGAAAAUAGUGAAGAUAAUAAAGAUCAUUUAAAAUAUUCAAUAAAAAAUUUUACAAACUGUUCCAGCGAAAAUGAACUAAUUGAUAAUUUUAUUCAAGAAAUGCAAUUGAAAGUAAAGGACCAUCAUGAUAUAGUACUAGAAUGGAUACCAUAUAAUCAAUUUGAUAAAAUUAAAGAAACAAGCAAAAGUGAUUCUGUGACAAUAUAUUCGGCAAUAUGGAAGGAUGGUCCAUUAUUUAAAAAUUGGUGGAGUAAAAAAUAUACUAGAAACUCAAAUAAAAAAGUUACUUUAAAUUGCUUAUGUAAAUCACAAUAUCCUAUUGAAUUCCUAAUAAAUGAGUCUACAAAGUGUUUGACAAGUCAUACAAAUAAGCAUAAGGAUCGACUUAAAAUAUACGGUAUUUCUCAAAAUCCGGAUACAAAUGAUUAUAUUUUAGUUCAAAAUAAUUCCAUAUGUCUCAUAAACUGGAUGAGCGGUAAUAAAAAAAUUGAUGAUUUCAUUCGUGAAAUGCAAGUAAAAAUUAAAGAAAUUAAAGAAAAUUAUAAUGUGAUCUUUGAAUGGAUACCAUAUAGUCAGUUUAAUAAUAUCAAAGAUACAGGCAAAAGUGAUGAUUCUAUGACAGUAUAUUCGGCAAUAUGGAAAGAUGGUCCAUUAUGUUAUGAUUUUUGCUAUUAUAGAAAAGAUUCAAAUAAAGAAGUUGCUUUAAAAUGCCUGCAUAAAUCACAGAAUUCUAUCGAAUCUCUAAUAAAUGAGGUUGAAAUACUUUUAACAAAUAAAUUAUAUUGUGAAUCUUUUAAAAUAUAUGGAAUAUCUCAAUACCCAUGUACAAAUGAUUAUAUUUUAGUUUUUAGUUGGACAAGUGGAAAUAAAAAAAUUGAUGAUUUUAUUCAAGAAAUACAAUUAAGUGAUAUAAUAUUUGAAUGGAUACCAUACAAUCAACUCUAUGAAAUUAGAGAGGCAAGCAAAAAUAGUUCUAUGACAGUUUAUUCAGCAAUAUGGAAAAAUGGUCCAUUAUAUUAUAAUCAUAUUUAUAAGGAUUAUAAAAGAAGACCAAAUAGAAAAGUCGCUUUAAAAAACCUGCAUGAUUCACAGAAUUCUAUUGAAUCUCUAAUGAUUGAGGUUAAUGAACAUUUAAUAAAAAAAUUGGAUUGUAAGUAUUUUGGAAUAUCUCAAAAUCCAUAUACAAAUGAUUAUAUUAUAGUUCAAAACAUCUUUAUCUGGGCAAGUGGAAAUGAAAAAAUUGAUGAUUUUAUUCAAGAAAUGCAAUUGAAAAUAAAAGGUUGCCAUAAUAAUGUAGAAUUUGAAUGGAUGCCAUAUAGCUUGUUUUAUGAAGUUAAGGAAAUAGGCAAAAAUGAUCAUACAACAAUUUAUUCAGCAAUAUGGAAAGAUGGUCCACUACGAUUUCGGUAUGGAGAAUAUAAAAGAGAUUCAAAUAAAAAAGUUACUUUAAAAUGCUUGCAUAACUCACAGAAUUCCAUUGAAUCCCUAAUGAAUGAGGUUAAAGAAUAUUUAACAAAAAAAUUGGAUUGUGAGUUCUUUAAAAUAUACGGAAUAUCUCAGAAUCCAGCUACAAAUGAUUAUAUUAUAGUUCAGGAUAUUUUUAUCUGGGCGAGUGGAAAUGGGAAAAUUGAUGAUUUUAUCCAAGAAAUGCAAUUGAAAACAAAUAAUUCUGAUAUAGUAUUUGAAUGGAUACCAUAUAAUCUGUUUUAUGAAGUUAAGGAAAUAGGCAAAAAUGAUGAUCAUGCAACAAUUUAUUCAGCAAUAUGGAAAAAUGGUCCAUUAUGUUAUGAUAAUGGCUAUUAUAGAAAAGAUUCAAAUGAAGAAGUUACUUUGAAAUACUUACAUAACUCACAGAAUCCUAUUGAAUCUCUAAUGAAUGAGGUUAAAAAACUUUCAAUAGAUGAAUUAGAUUGUAAGUUUAUUAAAGUAUAUGGAAUAUCUCAAAAUCCUGAUACAAAUGAUUAUAUCAUAGUUCAAAAUAUCUUCAUCUGGGCAAGUGGAAAUGGAAAAAUUAAUGAUUUUAUCCAAGAAAUGCAAUUGAAAACAAAUAAUUCUAAUAUAGUAUUUGAAUGGAUACCAUAUAACCUGUUUUAUGAAAUUAAGGAAAUAAGCAAAAGUGAUGAUGGUACAACAAUUUAUUCAGCAAUAUGGAAAGAUGGUCCAUUAUGUUAUGAUAAUGGCUAUUAUAGAAAAGAUUCAAAUGAAAAAGUUACUUUAAAAUGCUUGCAUGACUCACAGAAUUCUGUUGAAUCACUUGUAAAUAAGGUUAAAAUACUUUUACCAAAAAAAUCAGAUUAUGAUUCUUUUAAAAUAUAUGGAAUAUCUCAAAAUCCAAUUACGAAUGAUUACAUUUUAGUUUUUAAUUGGAUAAGUGGAAAUGAAAAAAUUGAUGAUUUUAUUCAAGAAAUGCAAUUGAAAACUAAUAAUUCUGAUAUAGUAUUUGAAUGGAUACCAUACAAUCAGUUCUAUGAAAUUAAAGAGGCAAGAAAAAAUAGUUUUAUGACAGUUUAUUAUUCAGCAAUAUGGAAAAAUGGACCAUAUAUUUAUAAGAAUUCUAAAAGAAAUCCAAAUAAAGAAGUUUUUAUAAAAUGCUUACAUUAUUCACAGAAUUCUAUUGUAUCUCUAAUAAAUGAGGUUAAAGAACAAUUAACAAAACAAUUGCCCCUUAAAAUAUACGGAAUAUCUCAGAAUCCAAUUACAAAUGAUUAUGUUAUAAUUCAAAAUACUUUGAUUUGGGCUAGUGGAAAUGAAAAAAUUGAUGAUUCUAUCCAAGAAAUGCAAUCAACUAUUAAAGAAUAUCAUGAUAUAGUAUUUGAAUGGAUACCAUAUAAUCAAUUUUAUGAAAUUAAAGAAAUAGACAAAGGUGGCUUUGCUACAGUAUACUCAGCAAUAUGGAAGGAUGGACCAUUAUUAUAUUUAAAAGGCCAAGAUGAAAAAUAUAGUAGAGAAUCAAAUAAAAAAGUUGCUCUAAAAUGUUUGGACAACUCACAAAAUCUCACUAAUGAAUUAUUGAAUGAGAUAAAGGCAUAUUCAACUAAAGAAGUUUAUUACAAUAAUAGUAAAAUUCUAAAAGUAUAUGGAAUAUCUCAAGAUCCAAAUACAAAAAAUUAUAUUAUUGUUCUUCAAUAUGCAGAAGGUGGAAAUUUUAAUAAUUGGUUAAAUAUAAAUGAAAAUUAUAAAUGUUUUGAUUGGAAAAAUAGAGUUCAAACAUUAUAUUAUAUUGCAAAUAGUCUUAAAGAAAUUCAUGAAAAACAGAUGGUUCAUCAUGAUUUUCAUAUAGGAAAUAUAUUGUUUAAUGCUCCUUACAUUGAAACGUAUGUCAACAAAACAUAUAUUUUAGAUAUGGGAUUAUGUAGAAAAGUUGGUGAUAUCAAUCAAAAUAAUAUUUAUGGAGUUAUGCCUUAUAUAGCUCCUGAAGUAUUAAGAGGAAAUCCUUAUACUCAAGCAGCAGAUAUUUAUAGUUUAGGUAUGGUUAUGUAUUUUGUAGCAACUGGAAGACAACCUUUUGACGAUUGUGCACAUGAUCAUCUUUUAGCAUUAGGUAUUUGUGAUGGAAUUAGACCUGAAAUAAACGUCCCUAAGGCACCAAAAAGUUAUAUUGAUUUAAUGAAAAAGUGUUGGGAUUCAACACCAGAAAAUAGACCCAAUAUAACUGAAUUUAGUGAAUCAAUUUGGUCAGUUACUUUCAAAAAAUCUGAAAUUGAAGAAGCGGAAAAUUAUAGAGAUUCACAACUCUCUUCUUUAAAUGAAGAUAAACAAAUAACUACCCAUCCUCAAGCUGUUUAUACAUCUCGAUUACUUAAUCCUUUUACUAAAAGCCUCAAUAAUCAUUCUGAAUGUUUAGAUUGUGCAAUUACUGAUAAUACAAAACAAGCAACAUCGUUAAAUGAUUAA